AUAAUUUGUUGUCUGCCAUGGAUACUCAGGGUUGUCAAAUGCAACAGUUGUGUGAUCACCUUAUUGACAUGAAAAGGGAAAUAGCUAAUUUAUCAAACUCUGCACCUGUCACUUCCACACCAUCCAAUUCUAACAGGGCUAAUAGUUCAGACAUUAACCCAUUUGUCACAUUAGACAGAGCAGACAUAGCAGUGACACCACACAAUAACCUCGCUUCACUAUUGACACACAAUUUAUCAAAUAAUACACAGCCAUUAAUGCCCAGUAAUCCAUUUCAGGGAAGUAACACAGUCAAUAACCCCUUUGUUCCAGUAGGUACCCUGAAUAACCCUAUUGAUAAUCAUUCCAAGGGAUUUGUAUUAAAACCUAAGGAUAUUCUGAUGUUGAAAUUGUCAGAAUUACAAGGUGUUGGAACUGAUAACAGACUUGCUAGAUUUUUUAGUCAAGUAGAAUUUUGUGUUUCUGCAGAUACUGAUACCAAUAUUGCACAGGCUUGGCAGGAAAUUGAAAUUGAACGUUACAGUAUAUACGAAGCCCCUAGAGCAUUUGUUGACAGAAUGAAAUGUAAAUUGUCUGCUUUUGAAAUGAAAUUUCCUAAGGAUUCCUUUCCCAAAGCUGACAGUCUUGUGAAAAAGAAACUGUAUAGAGGACUUAGCAGUACAUCCCAAGAAAGACUCAAGGAUUUCCUGGAUAAUAGGAUACCCUUAGAAAGAUUCAUUGAAUUUGUGGAAUAUGAGUAUCAUCUAGCUACCAUAAGUGGGGAUGUUACCCAACGUAAAGUUUUUCCUGUUAAGAAUUGCAAUUCCCAACCACAGCCUGUAGUAAAUAGUAAUGCAAAUACAACCACAGAAUUGCAAGACCUGAAGAGGCAAAUUAGUGAUUUGUCUAACAAAUUAAAGAAGUUUAGUAAGAAUAAAGAAAACAAUCAGUACUGUGCUUACUGUAAGGUCAGAGAUCACAAACUUUCUGAAUGUCCAUGUAACCCUCCAAAAGGUGUUUGUUUUGAUUGUCACAAACCAAAUUGUAAAAGAGGUUCAACAAAAUGUCCAGGGCCUGUUGAGAACGAAUGA